ACUAGCCGCAACAACCGGGAGUGUGUCACCUGUACCUGCGAGCCUGUGUACCUGUCCCGUUCCGUACAGGUUGUGACGAUGGCCGCGGGCUUCGAGGAGUAUGGCUAUCUGGCCUCAUCCAAUGGACAGUAUAGUGACGAUAGUGCCUGUGCACGGUUACGGAUCCGGGUGAUAGCCGGCUCGCAGCUGGCCAAGAAGGACAUCUUCGGAGCGAGCGACCCGUACGUGCGUAUUGACUUGAACACCAUCGUCGGCGACGAGAUCAUCGAUUCCGUGCUGACCAAGACGAAGAAGAAAACACUGCACCCGCAAUGGAACGAGGAGUUUAUCUUUCGCGUCAAACCUCACGAGCACAAGCUUGUGCUGCAGGUGUUCGACGAGAACCGGCUGACGCGGGACGACUUUCUCGGCAUGGUCGAACUGACGCUCGGUGAUCUGCCCAAGGAAGGCGAGGAGCAGCCAUCCGCACCGAACACGGUGCGAUAUCCGCUCCGGCCGCGCAGUGCCCGGUCGAAAGUUCGAGGAUUCCUAGAUCUCUACCACUCUUACAUACAGGAUCAGAGCACCUGCAACGAGACUGACUGGGAGUUGAUUGACUCCACCCGCUCGGAACCUACGCUGGCCGCCCAGGAGACGGAUGGUGGCGAUAGUCCCCGCGUAGCCGACACACUGCCGACUGGCUGGGAGGAGCGACAAGAUGCGAACGGGCGCACCUACUACGUCAAUCAUGUCGCUCGCUCGACGCAAUGGGAGCGUCCGACGGCGAUCUCAUCGCAAGCAACGGCCGAGAACGACAUGGAUGUGGCCUUCCAGCGGCGAGUACAUAUUAGCGUAGAUGAUAACGUAACGAUGCGCAGCUGCGGCACCGACGGAUGCGGUAGCUCCGCCUCAUCUUCCACCGUCAGCUUGAUCACUGAAAGAGAAGUGCAGCCAGGCAAUGCCACUGAGCAGGAUGUGGUGCUGCGUCGCGAGUCCGCGACGACACGCCAACGGCCAAACGUGGCAGCUGGCUGUCCGCCGCUGCUCCCGGCCGCGCUCGUUCGCCGCUCGACACGACCUGCAUCUACCCCGCAUGGUGCCCUACUCGAUCGGAGCAGUCGCUAUCGGCGAGCCACCACCGCGAGUUUAGCCAUUCCAAUUCCGUUUCCCGGCGGUUCCAGGCCGCCCCGGAUAGGCAUCGAGUGUGCAGGGCUGCCCCGAUGUAUCGAAAAAGUUCAGGAAGGAGAGAAUGGUACGCAAGGACAGUCGGGGCACGGAAACGCAGAUGGUCGUUCGUCCAGCCGAUCGUCACUGGGUAGCGCUAGUAGCCUUCGACUGGCAGCAGCGCAGCCCCAGCGCACCGAGGGAGGACCAGAACCAGACGACGACGUCGUAGAUGGUGGUGUCGGUGUGGUGCAGCGAACUGCUGUACUGCCGUCCAGUAGCAGCAACAGCGUGAGCAACAACAGCAAUAACAACAUCGUCACUGCGAACAGUAACAACGCUAGCGCUAGCGGUGGCAGCAGUAGUAGCACCAGCAGCAGCAACAACACCCCCAACAACAACAAUAACAACAACAAUAACAACAAUGACCUGAGUGAUGACCGGUCCUCGACACGCUCGUCCACGUCGAACGAGAACGAUUCGUCGUCGAGCAGCAGUCCGGCGGGUGGGGCAGUCAUGCUGCCGGCCGGCUGGUCCAUGCAGCUCGCUCCGAACGGGCGCGUCUUCUUCAUUGACCACAACGAGCGGAAAACUUCGUGGGUCGAUCCGCGCACCGGCCGUGCAAGCCCAAUGCCCAACAGUGGUGGCGGUGGUAGCGGUGGUGGUGGUGGUGGAGCCGGCGGCAGUUCCGGUGGUUCGGGGAGCGAUGCGCACAAACCGGAGGACGGUCUCGCCCCGUUACCCGAGGGCUGGGAGGAGCGGGUGCAUACGGAUGGGCGUAUCUUCUUCAUCGAUCACAACACGCGUACCACUCAAUGGGAGGAUCCACGACUUUCGAUACCGAACAUAGCGGGCCAGGCCGUACCGUACUCGAGGGACUAUAAGCGGAAGUACGAAUAUCUCAAAACACAGCUGCGAAAACCGCAAAAUGUGCCGAACAAGAUCGAAAUCAAGGUACGGCGGGCCUCGAUACUGGAGGACUCGUACCGGAUCAUUAACUCCAUCACCAAGGUGGAUCUACUGAAGACGAAGCUGUGGAUAGAGUUCGAAGGCGAGGCGGGCUUAGAUUAUGGUGGUUUAGCCCGCGAAUGGUUCUACCUGCUGUCGAAGGAGAUGUUCAACCCGUACUACGGUCUGUUUGAGUACUCGGCCAUGGACAACUACACCCUGCAGAUCAACCCGUUCAGCGGCCUAUGCAACGAGGAUCAUCUGCAUUACUUCCGGUUCAUUGGCCGGGUGGCCGGUAUGGCCGUAUAUCAUGGCAAGCUGCUGGACGCGUUCUUCAUUCGGCCGUUCUACAAAAUGAUGCUGCAAAAGGCGAUCGAGCUGAAGGACAUGGAGUCGGUUGACAUGGAGUACUACAACUCGUUGCUGUGGAUCAAGGAGAACGACCCCAGUGAGCUGGCGCUGACAUUCUGCCUGGACGAGGAAACGUUCGGCUACACGAGCCAACGAGAACUGAAGCCGAACGGGGCCGAGAUCGAAGUGACGAACGAGAACAAGGACGAGUACAUACGGCUCGUCAUCCAGUGGCGGUUCGUGUCGCGCGUUCAGGACCAGAUGCAGGCUUUCCUCGAUGGCUUCGGCUCGCUCGUGCCACUCAACCUGCUCAAGAUCUUCGAUGAGAACGAGCUCGAGCUGCUGAUGUGCGGUAUCCAGAGUAUUGACGUGAAGGACUGGAAGCGCAACACGCUGUACAAGGGCGACUACUAUCCGAAUCACGUGAUCGUACAGUGGUUCUGGCGCGCCGUCCUCUCCUUUUCGAACGAAAUGCGUGCCCGACUGCUACAGUUCGUCACGGGCACCUCGCGCGUACCGAUGAACGGCUUCAAGGAGCUGUACGGUUCGAACGGGCCGCAAAUGUUCACCAUCGAGAAGUGGGGCACCCCCGAAAACUAUCCCCGUGCGCACACAUGCUUCAAUCGACUUGAUCUACCGCCAUAUGAAAGCUACCUGCAGCUGAAGGAUCGUCUGGUGAAGGCAGUGGAAGGCAGCCAGGGCUUUGCCGGUGUGGACUGAGCAGCUGACGAGAGAUAGAUAGUCGGCAAUCGCUCCGUCCAGUACUCCCUGCGUGUGUGCGUCUGCCCCCGCCUAAAAAAGUCCGCCGACAAAACCCAGCUCCUACGCUUCGCAACAGCUUUCAUCUUCCUUCAUCACCUGGAGCCCCAGGUGGUGUUAGGACGGGCGAAGAAAACGACGUUCGACGUCGGCAUGACGGCAGAGAGAUCAUGACAAUCAAACGGCUGAUUAGCGCAACCCCCACGUUCCGUGUUUCCCCUUCCCCGCCGCUCCUACAUCACCUUACUGAGCCCACGAUCGCGUAAUUCGAUAGCAAUCUGUACGCGACUUACUAUCUCCCUCUUCCCGUCCCCCAAAUGCAAACUUAAGCAACGUGAUAUUUAAUACCAGCUGCCAAAAGCAAACCUUAACAAAGCAAGCAUGAGAAUGGAGGAUAGGGAAGAAAAUGCAGGAAAAAUGAUAGAUAUAGCGAAAUAGAGAGCAAGAGAGCAAGAGAAAGAGAGAGAGAGAGAGAGAGAGAGCACGAGAGAGAGAGAGAGAGAGAGAGAUCGAGAGAGGAAAGGUGAUAGAUAGAUAGAGAGGGAAAGAGAGCGAGAGAGCGAGAGAUAAAACGAAAAAGAGAGAAAGAGGUAGAGAGAGAUUAUCUUAUAUAUCAUAUACUAUAUAUUGUAGCACUAUUGUAGAACAGUUCCUUAUCCAGGCAAUAUAUGCAUCUCCUUCUUCUACUAGCCUUCAAGCAAUGCAAUGUAGAUUUCGUUGAGAAGUUCUUUGAAAACCGAGAAACACAAAACGAAGAAAACAACAAUGAAAAAACAAAACCCAAAGAGAAAAAGAGCUCGAUAACGCGAAUGAGCGAUUUGAGCAACAUGCAUAACAUUCGCUUUGCGCUAGGUGCUGUAUGCGCGAUUGCGUGCCCGACCGAAUGUGUGUGUGUGUAAAACCGUGUCCAAACGAUGACGAAUGUUGGAGAAUUUCUCGACGAGAACUUCGCAAACAAACGUCAUCCCAUACAAAUCCGUCGAGAAGUUAUCGCGAUAACUGGAAUGCACGUGUAGACAGCGAGCAAGCGAGAACGAGUGAAAACCCCCUUAAACUGUGUCCAAACGAUGACGAAUGUUGGAGAAUUUCUCGACGAGAACUUCGCAAACAAACGUCAUCCCAUACAAAUCCGUCGAGAAGUUAUCGCGAUAACUGGAAUGCACGUGUAGACAGCGAGCAAGCGAGAACGAGUGAAAACCCCCUUAGGAGCUGUCAAAUCGUAUGUAAACAGUAGGGCGAGAAAGUUAUCGCGAUAACUUUUGCUCAAAUUGAGC